GACCCCAAGCUGCUCUACUCGGUCGAGGGCAUCAAGGCCUACCACAUCGCCAAUGGCGUCGAGCAGUCCCUGACGCCCUCCGGCCCCCAGACCCUGUCGCUGCUCAUGGUCCCGACCUCGUCUGGCUUCGCCGACCCGACCGGCGUCGGCAACGGCGAGCAGGACUUCUACCUCCACCUGCAUCUGCCGCCCGAGCUGGACCUCCCCCUGCCCGCGACCACGCAGAUCUACCACCAGCCCCCCAGCAGCUACCUGAUCCCGCGCUGGGACCUCGGCCCCGGCAACGGCGCCUUCACCCGCCUCGAGUUCCCCGUCGUCGGCAGCCGGCCCGGCGUCCAGGAGGAUGUCGACACCUUUGAGACCAUUCUUGCGCAGUGCACCGCCUUUCUCGAGCGAGCCCCGGCGCCCCCUCCGGAGAAGCGCCCGUCUGCCCAGCGCAAGCCGUCCGAUGCGGCCAGGGCAAAGGCCAGAGAGGCGGGCAGGGACGAGCCUCCCGCCUACAAUCCGGCCAACUUUGAUCCCGGCCAGGGCUAUGCUCAGGGGAGCCCCAGCUCCCACGUACCGGGGAGGAUUGUGCUUAUCGAUGAGGAGGAUGGUAGCGUUAUGGGCGAGCUGAGCGAAGGCUUCAAUGUCGUCGAGGACAGCGCCAUCAAGCCCGGUUCCAAAGAACCCGUGGAAAUCAUCCUGCCCGCCGAUGGCAGUCAGAACAUCUCCGUCCAGCCCGCGUACGACUACAUCGAAGACACCAUGCACCCCGCCUACAAGAAAUCAACCAUUGUCUCGUCAGCCUCCAAAGCCUCGCGGCUGCUCAUCACCACAUCCGACUAUGUCGCAAAGGCACUGCAGAACCAGGCCGACAACUUCACAAAGGCCACCAAGCCUGCCGCAAAGCCCAUGACGUUUGCCCCCACAACGCACGACCAUAUCCGCCGCAUCAACCACUACUCGAACAAGGUCGCGACCCUGUCGGCGCAGACGAUUGGCUCCAUCAACCAGUUUGCCCAGAACUUUGGUGCCGGCAUGUCUAAGCGAAAGGACGGCAAGGCUCGGGGCUACGACAAGGAUGGAAACGUCAUUGAGACGUACAAGCCGGGCGUGCUCAACAAGAGUUUGAUGGCCUUCAACACGGUUGUCGACGGCAUGGAGCAGGCUGGAAAGACGUUGCUUUCCGGGACGACUUCGAGCAUGUCCACGGUCGUUGGUCAUCGCUGGGGCCCUGAAGCUGGGGAGCUAUCUCGAAACCUCGGCAGCGGGUUCAAGAAUGUCGGCCUUGUGUACAUUGACGUGACUGGCGUCUCUCGCCGCGCCAUUCUCAAGAGCGUCGCCAAGGGUAUGGUGGUCGGCAAGGUCAAGGGAGGCGGGCAGAUUAUCGUUGGCGGCGACAACAACGGGACGAAUGGAGCUGUUGUCUCCGGAGGCAAUGGAAACGGCGAAUCGAGCACGAUACACAACACCUAUGGCGGAGACGUCAAUGUCCCAGGGGCAAAGGAAUGGAGUGGGAAUGGCAACGGAAAGGGAAAUGGCAAUGGCAAUGGCAACGGCAAUGGCAAUGGGAAGAAGGCGACCUGGUGA